GUGCCUUGUGUGCACGUUUUGUGUGUAACAUAAUGUAUACAAUAUAUUGACAGUCUUGUCUUGAGCCAUUCAAACUCAAUGAAUGCAAAGGUCUGCUGAUGCCCUUACAAUAUAGACUUGAUUCACAAGUUUGUACAGUUGAAAUUUUAAUGUGCUUUAACAGUUAAUCGGAGAAGAAAAAGGUUCCAUUAAGAAAGUUUUCGAAAUAUUCCUCAGAUUUACAAUCAUGGUGACUUAGAAUCAGAAAAAUGGAUCCUGAUGACCAAGAUGAAGAUGACGAUGAAGACAUAUUUCACUGGACAAGAAACCCUUCUGAUGAAGCAACUUCGGUUCGGUCAGAAACCGCUGACUAUGAAGAGAGGGACCCGGAUGCAGCCAUUCGGACAUGGGUUCCAAGGAGACUCGCCAUGGUGUGCUUCACCCUCAACAUUAUCUUCCCUGGUCUUGGGACAUUCAUCGUGUCUAUAACCCUUUGUUGUUGCUCGAAGAACCUGGACUGGUCUGAUGAGAAGAAACGAAAACUUGCCCUUUACGGAGUGUUCAUAGCACUGAUGCAGCUGGUAACAGCUGGAUUCCUAUUCGCUGGAUGGAUCUGGAGCUGCAUAUGGGGUGCUAGACUCAUGGCAGAAGCGAACGCUAAGGUUGAAGACUCGUAUCCAGUAGAUGUAAUCGUGACGUCAUCGACCGUAGAGGUCCGAGUCCAGAGAUGACAUGGCCUCAAUUAUGGGGCCAAUCUCCUCACAUAGUUAUCUGACGUCGCUCAGUGGUGUUGAAGAUUGAGAUGGCUGAACCCAGACCUCUGCCGGCAAUCCUGCAAAAAAUCGAUCAUAUUCUCAAUAGCGGGACGCUGUAACGUCGACCAGCACGUGUUUGCACUCUUCGACAACACUUUAGAAAUGACAUAUUUUAGGCAGUGAAUUGGCAUGAUCACAUUAAUUUGAUAAUCGAUAUACCCAUGCAAUCAAGAGUAGGCCUAAACAAAAGUAACAUAAAGAACAGCGCUUUAAAACAUAAUCAUCUCGUUAUCUAGUACCAUCAUGACAGGUGCAACACCGGUAUAAUGUUUUUGAGUGUUUCUGUUUUUGAGUGUUUCCCCUAAUUGUUUGGGAACGCUCAAAAAUAGAUUGACAAGUUUUUCUGUGUAUCCCCCCUAUUGAAAAGUCAUGGUCUCUCUAGCUGCCUAUUGUUUGGAAACACUGACACAUGGGAAACAACCACAGAUGUUACACCGGCAUGUAAUUUUUCUCAUAUUUUAAUAUAUAAAUGCGAAUUAGAAAGCUCAGUAUAAUUUUGUUGUUAAAUACCUAGGGUGCAUUUAUUCAACACGCACACCGUAAACGUGUACAAUCUUGCAUCACUUCAGUUGCAAAGUUUCCUCGGGCAAUACCGCGGUACCGGAUUACGACACAUCAGUGUCUUUAGCCAUUGGGAGAAGGCAGCUUGCAGGCAGUGUCAUUCUGACUGGUCAGCCUCUUGCCCGGCCCUUGAUGAUUUGGCAUUACUGCAACAUAUAGGCUGCGGUUUGGACAGUCAUCCGGCAUUCGCCCCAAAAGCUGCCUACAACAUACAUCCUCUUCAUAUAGGAUAUCAGUUCGUAAUCAGUACAGAAUAGAAGUCUCCUUCCUCUCGAUUGACCAGGGGCAUCUUUGCAAUGAUGACUUGCCAUACUUUCAUGCUUUAUGUCAAGUUCAAAGAAGGACUGCCUCAAGACUCUUUUAAAGAAGACGUUAAUCAAAUUGGACAAAUAUGUCUUGGUGAUGUGGAGGCUAAACAAAGUAUGAAGGUGGGAAAUUCGGAUACAAUAGUUAACAUGACCAAUAUACAGGGAAGCCACAUGACGAUUCGGACGUAUUCUGCCCAGAAUUUGCUCACAAUAGACGUUAGUUACAUGGUUCUCGGCGAUACACUAGAUCCUGACACAAAUUUUUUGAAAAUCAAGAAAAUCAAUAAUCUGACAAUGGAAGACAAUUGUAACAACUCGUUGACGAUGAGCCACCUUGAACAAGGAUUGGAAAGUCUCUUUAAAGAGGUCUGCAGCGAAAUAAGAAUCCUACCAUCUGCAAUUAAACGCGGCGAACGCAUUUGGCGAUACGGCUUCACCACUGAUUCGAGGAUUAUGGAGUUAGACUUUGAUAGGCUGGUUUACCGCGGCAUCUCCGACUACCAAAAAAUAGAGAUUUAUCAUUCGCCGAUUGACGGAAACCAUAUUCGUCUCGAUGAUGAAUCAAAUAAUUCAGAAUACGACAAUUCGUACACUGAAAUGACCCUCUGCCUAGAAGAGAAUAUAUAUAAAGGAAAAGACAUCCUCUUACUCGGAGGGGGUGUAGGCCAUUGCUUCAAUGCCUUACUAAAGGAGCAGCCAAACAUGGUGACCAUGGUUGAGAUUGAUCCUCUGUUAAUUGAAGUCUCAAAGGUAUACAUGCGUGGAGGGUGUGGUGAUUCUUUGGAUAGAAUGGAAGGGCCAAACCACAAGAUCAUUGUUGGCGAUGGAUUUCAAGUAUUGGAGAAUGCUAUAAAGGAAACGAUCCAGUUUGAUUAUGUUAUUGAUGAUAUGUGCAUGGUACCUUCAGUGCCUGAACCAAAAAGCAAAGAUAUACGAUUUCAAACAGGAGAUGUCAAAACUCGAAACAGUUCCGCUCUAGAUCUGUCUAGACAGGUUUUGAAACCUGGUGGCAGUUACAUACAAACUAUGGAUCCCUACCCGAUGAAGAAUCAUACUGACUUCCAGGCAAUGGCCGAAAGGCUGGGUGGGGUUUGGACAAGGAGGGAAUGUCCGUGCGUACGCACAUUUCACGAAAACUACUUCACCUAUCAAGUGACCUUUCCAGUGAAAGUAGCCGAAAAUGGGCUCACUAUAUAAAAAUAGUCUUUGUAUAUAACCAUGUUAGUUAGUGUUAGUGGUCAUGAUUUUGUUUGAACUGCAAUUCAUCGAAUAGCUCGCACCUCUAUAUAAACGAAAUAUUUAGAUCAUGAUGAGAAGACAAAACGAUAAAAAGGAAGGAAUAGAACCUCUCUUAGUGGACAGCUUUGUAAGAGGCACACCAUUACUACUAGCGACGGAAAUUCUGGUCCCAAAUGGAUAGUUUCUAUACAAUUUGACCUCUGUUAUCAGGACACCUCGUAAUUAAGGACAGCAUUUGUCAGUCCCAAUGUUGUCCUCAAUAAAGAGGUUUUACUGUA